ACCAAAGGAAGUGUCUAGCAGAGAGAUGAAAGGCUGCAAUCAGCUUUAUUUUUAGGAAUGAUGUUUCAAUUCCGAUGUACCGUUAUUUGAGGCACUGUGAUCUUGCACAGCUCGCAGUAAGAUCUUGUUGUAUCUGCGAAUAAGAGCUUUUUUCAAGCAGACCUCGAAAGACGUGUAGGAUCAACAAACCAAAGAGCAAAGCCCCUGAAAAAAACAAACGUGAAACAGGCCACAAUUACGAAACCACAGCCAUUUUUUCCUAGGAGUUAUGAAGACAUUGGCCAUUCAGGUGAUUGGUGUAACCUUUCUAUACAUAUGGAGCACGUCAUUAGUGGAUUCGUUUCGGCCUGUCAUCGAGAAUCCGUUUAGGCCUUCUGGGUGCAGAAGAGCUGGCCCCAAGUAUUUAGAAAAAAUGUUAAAAGAGUAUGGCGGAUACAAUAAGCAGCUUGUUGCUUUUGACAAAGAGACCGCUAAAAGAAACAUGAAAAAAAUGGUUACUGUGAUGGAAAGAAAAAAAACAAGCUCUCAUUUCAGGAAUACAAAGAAAAGUCCUUUUAACAGACUCAUAAGUAAGACAUGUCAGCGCAGUAUCACAAACCUGAUGGGCCAAGCUAAAAAGCAACAGAUGAUACGAAACGAAGACAUCAUAUCAUACCUAUACAGGUUGGGGUCAAACAAAGCUCAAAAGAGCCCGAGCUGUGUCCAGGAAGGAGAUAUUACCUACGAUGGGAAUAUUAAUCUGUGUACAACGUGUGUUCAAACCAGAACUCUUCCUGCUGACAGGUUUCCACGAUAUGUGAUAGAGACAAAAUGUGGUGGAGGAUCAUGCUUGCAGGGACAAGGCAGCUGCGUGGACCAGACGAUUAAACUAACAUUCUUGAAGCGUGCUGCCCGAUGUCAUAGAGGUGCCUUUGGCGCUGCUAUCGAAGGUUGGGAACCAUACGAGGAGAUAGUAAAGGUCGGCUGUAAAUGCGAGCUAAGAAAGGAAUCAUUCCUGGCUAUGUUUGUCAAGAAGUAAAAAUAACGUUUAGUGUUUAAUUUUAGUGUUCAUAAUUUAUCGCUGAUGACUGUAUUAGCGGAUUGAAAUUAGACCAUAAAUUCAGUAAUCAAGUAAAUUUCUGUAUUCAGUAAUAAAAACAUGAAAUAUCUUGUAUCAGUUUAAAGAUGAGACGUUAGAACCCGGGAGGUGGUUUAUCACAUUGUCUAUAAAUAACCAACAAUCGUAAGUACGAGAAAUGCCGUCCCGUGAGAUAAACACUUUGAUAAGGUGCAGCAUCGCAUCAGCAUGGUGCAAUGACAGCACGUCCUUGGUUUUUUCUCUCAGUGCAUGAUAUCGCCAUUUUGCAUUGGUGACCAGAUCACACCUAGACCGACUAAUACGAAAGAUUAGCAAAGAUUUAUUUUGCUGGGUUUCACCCUUCGCAUUCCAAGAAAAAUAUCCAACAUCGCAACUUAGGUAGAUAGUGUUUUUACGAGAUGGAGGGGAUGGCCUUGGUUGCGAAUCUCUUUUAGCUGAAUCUGAAAACAUACUAACUAGCUUAAUUCGAAACAAUACUAAGAUAACAUCAAGUUUCUAAAGAAAAAAUUUUAUUUAGAUAUUUUGAAAUAGAACGUUAUUUCUGUCUUUAAAAUUGCAAUCCUUUUAUUUGCGUAGUUUUUAAUCACCCAUUUUAUAUCAUUUGAUUCUUCAGUUGAGUGGACUAAAUGUAAAUAAUCCUAAUUUAAGCAAACCUUUUCUCAACCUCUUGCUGCUAUUCUAUAAUCGCAUUACAUUAUGGAACAUAUCAGGAAGUUCCUGGCUGCGCAGCCACGCAACAGUCUCUUCUUCCCAGACGAUCAGGACCGAAGCCCUAGCAAAACUGUUGAAAAUGAACUGUGUUAGAAUUAAGAUUGUAUUUCAACGUGUUCUUAGUUUAUUAAAAUCGUGUUCAAUAAA